AUGGGACGUGCUUCAGAAAACAUUAAAAAUAAGACCGAAUCUAAGGAGCAAGCUGUGUUUUUGAGGAAAAAAGUUAGCUUGCUGCAAACUGUUUCAUUCUUAAUUGGUACGAUAAUAGGCAGUGGUAUAUUUAUUUCACCAAAAGGAAUUCUGAUAAAUUCUGGGAAUGUCGGGACAUCCCUGGUGAUCUGGUUGGCCUGUGGAAUACUUUCAAUGCUUGGUGCUCUAUCUUAUGCAGAACUUGGAACAAGCAUUAAGAAAUCUGGUGGGCACUAUAUCUAUCUUCUGGAGACUUUGGGUCCACUUCCAGCCUUUGUUCGAUUGUGGUGUGAAAUCAUUGUAAUCAGACCAGCAAUCACUGCUGUUGUUGGCUUGUCUUUUGGACGUUACAUUGUUGAGCCAUUCUUUGCCCCUUGCCAAGCUCCAGCUUUGGCAGUGAAACUUCUCACAGCUGCUGGAGUCUCAUUGGUGGUGUUUGUAAAUUCCUGGAGUGUGAACUGGACUGCCCGAAUUCAGAUGGUCCUCACAAUCUUUAAACUGGCAGCACUGGGAUUAAUCAUUGUUCCAGGGAUGGUUGCCUUGGCCCAAGGUCGUUAUGAAAACUUUCAAAAUGCUUUUGACAGUAGUAAAAUCACAUUAGACAGAAUUCCACUGGCUUUCUACUCGGGCAUGUUUGCUUACAGUGGCUGGUUUUAUAUGAACUUUGUCGCAGAGGAGAUAAUUAACCCAGAAAGGAAUAUUCCUCUGGCAAUUAUCUCCUCUCUGAUCAUUGUUACAAUACUCUACCUGCUUGUAAAUGUGGCUUACUACACAGUAUUGACAGCAGACGAGGUGUUAGCAUCCGGUGCAGUAGCUGUGACCUUUGGAGAUCGGACUCUGAAAGGCUUCUCCUCAGUGAUUCAAAUUCUUGUUGCACUGUCAUGUCUUGGUGCAAUAACUGGAGCUCUAUUUGCGGUUUCCAGGGUAUUCUUUGUGGCUUCAAGAGAAAAUCAAUGGCCAACUCUCUUCUCCAUGAUCCACAUUCGACACCACACUCCUCUUCCAGCUGUACUUUUAAUGUAUCCACUGGUCAUUUUAAUGAUUUUCUUUGGUGAUCUAUAUGGUUUGCUGAAUUUAAACAGUUUUCCCCGAUGGCUGUUUAUGGGGCUUGUAACUUUUGGACUCAUCCGACACCGUUACAAACAGCCAGAUCUACACCGUCCAUUCAAGGUUCCAAUUAUCAUUCCUGGAAUUUUUACUGCAAUGUGCAUGUUCAUUGUAGUCACAUCCCUUUACUCCGACCCUAUCAACACAGGGAUUGGCUGUGCCUUAACCCUAUCCGGUGUACCUGUCUAUUACCUUGUAGUAUGCCGGCGUCAAGGACCAGCCUGGUGCAGAAAAACACUUUAUCAUUUCACUGUCAAACUGCAAAUUUUAAUGGAGGUGGUUCAACAGGAGAUUGUGACCUACUAAGAAACUAAUAGAGAACUCAAAUCCUACUGCACACUCAUUGUGGAAUCAUUGCAAGGGAUCAUCCACAAAGCAUAUGUUCUGAGCAAUAGGAUAUGAUCAGUGUGUGAGAACUGCACUCUCACUUACUCUUACAUGAAAUAGUUAUGCAUGAAAUUCUGCUGUUAACUUCACUAGUUUACCUCUUUCAUGACUAAUUCUCUGAAUUAUACAAUAAGAAUACAGGUGCUGAAUAAAUUAGGCUAAGUUGUUAAUGAUAAAUUUAUAAACACGUUUCAACACGUCUGAGAGAAAGUGUUAACUAAAGAAAAAUGUGCAAUGUUAAAAAGAGAGAAAUAAUGGCUUACCAUGUUUCUUAGAAUUG